AUGACGAAAAAAGAGAACGAAAGGCUCGAUCUGCAACACAACCUGAUGCUUCUCACCUUGCACGAGAAGUUGGGCCUCGCCACGCCUAACGACCAGGAUUUCAGGGUCAAGCGUGUGCUCGAUGUUGGAACUGGCACCGGACUCUGGGCGAUCGACUUCGCUGACGAGCACCCCGACGCAGAAGUUCUCGGGACAGAUCUCUCUCCAGUUCAGACAACACAUGUUCCGCCCAACGUCAAAUUCGAGAUUGACGACGUGGAAGAACCCUGGACGUACAGUCAACCUUUCGAUUAUAUCCAUGUCCGCGGGAUGACAUCGAGCAUUUCGGACUGGAAGAAGUUUUUUGGUCAAUGUUUUGCGAACCUCGAGCCCGGUGAGUAUCUUGAGCUUCAAGAAGGUCACAUGCGACCUGAGUGCGACGAUGGAACUCUCACACGUGAGCAUGCUAUUUCAAAGUGGGUAGAUUACUUGGAGCAAGCAAGCGCCAAAUUCAACCGCCCUUUCGUAGACUGCCCUAGUCUGGUGAAAGUCGUUGAAGAAGCAGGCUUCGUUGACGUAAAGUUAACGAAAUUCAAAUGGCCUCUUAAUCCAUGGGCUAAAGACAAUCAUUACAAGCUCCUCGGCGAAUGGACUGAGGAGAACUUCAUGGAGGGUAUCGAGGCUUGGACCCUUGCUCCAUUGACCAGGGCUCUGGAAUGGACGAGAGAGGAAGUCUUGGUCUUCCUGACACAGGUGCGGAAAGAACUGAGGGACAGAAGCAUACAUGCAUACCUCCCCAUUUUCGUGAUUCAUGGAAGAAAGCCUCUCCAGGCAGGCGACGAAGGGGAGCAGUGA